GGAAGGCAAAUCAGCUUAGCACAAGAAUUGCCAUACAAAAAUCCAACAUUAUGAGAACUGGAUGAUGAUAUUAUUAAAUUUUAUUUUCUAAACCCAUUUGUUAAUUAACCUUAACAGUUGAAGAUGACCAUUAUUGUCUUCUUAAUAGAUACCAGUGCCUCCAUGAAUCAAAGGACCUACAUGGGUGCUAGGCCAACUCUUUUAGAUGUCGCAAAGGACAGUGUUGAAAAAUUUCUUAAGAUCCGUCAAAGGGAUGCUGCCAGUCGACAAGAUCGGUAUAUGCUGUUAACCUUCGAUGAAUAUCCAUCAAAUAUUAAGGCUGGCUGGAAAGAAAAUCAUAAUGUAUUCAUGAACGAAUUAAAGAACUUGACUGCUAGUGGAAUGACUCUUCUAGGACCGGCUAUUAAAAAUUGUUUUGACUUGUUGAAUUUAAAUCGAAUGCAAACUGGUAUCGAUACUUACGGUCAGGGACGGUCACCUUUUUUUCUUGAAUCAUCUAUCAUUAUUGCCAUAACUGAUGGUGGUAAAUUGACUAGUGGAGUUGGUGUUCAAGAAGAAUUGAACCUUCCCAUGAACUGUAAUGUGCCGGGAGCAGAGCUAACCAAGGAACCCUUUAGAUGGGAUCAGCGUCUGUAUGCAUUAGUCCUUAGAUUAACUGGCACCCCGCCCACUGAUCAUCUUUCGAAUGGACCACCAGGAAUGGUACCUAGUGAUAAUUCUCCGAUUGAUGCUAUGUGUGAGGUUACUGGCGGUAGAUCAUACUCAAUAUCUUCUCAAAGAUCCUUAAUGCAGUGUCUUGAAUCGGUUGUACAAAAAAUUCAAGGGGGUGUAGUUAUUCAAUUUGAGAAAUUUGGGCCUGACCCUCCACCAAUCAGCCAAGAAGAAGACAAUAGUGAUGAAACGACUCAAGAGCUGCCUAAACAUGGGCAAGGGGUGCCAAACGGAUUCGUUGUAAAUUACAAAAACUCUAAUAACAAUCAAACCCUCAAUGCAUCAAACUCAUCACAAUCAGGUAAAUCUCCAUGGCAUUCCACUCGAAAGCUCAUUUAUGUCCAUAGAUCAGCUCAAAGGGGUUACUCUACUGGCUUCUGGCCUAUACCAGAAUCAUUUUGGCCCGAUCUUAAUGCACCUUCACUUCCACCUCGAAGCUGUCAUCCCGUUAUUAAAUUUACAUGUUCAUCAAGUGACCCAAUGGUAAUCGAUAACUUACCCUUCGACAAAUAUGAAUUGGAAACGAGUCCACUGACCCAGUAUAUUUUAUCUAGAAAACAGCCUCAUGUAGCUUGGCAAUGUUUUGUUGCCAACAGCCAUAAAAGUAGUGAUCAUCCAUUAGGUUAUCCUUUUGGCUAUUUGAAGGCCAGUACCAACUUAAGCUGUGUUAAUUUGUUCGUUCUACCAUACAAUUAUCCUGUACUACUGCCGCUUCUGGAUGAAUUAUUUAAGAUCCAUCAUCUUAAACCAACUAGAGAAUGGAAAGCACAAUUUGAUGCUUACUUAAAAAACAUACCUCUCUACUACGCUGGCCCGCUCAAAAGAGCUUUACAAAAAAUGGGCGGUCCAAAUCUUGUUCCUGACAAUAUGGAAAAUUGUUUAAGUUAUUCUGUUCUAAAUCUUUUAAAGCGACUGAAAAAUCAAGCAAAAGUUGAGUUCGAUAAGCUUAUUGCGACUGUUGGGACUGGUAAACCAGCUACUCCAACUACAAUCAAAGUGCCCAACAUGUCUUCAAAAAAGAUUUCCGACAUUGUAAAUUCUGACCCUUGUUUAAAGAGUCGUUUGAAUGGAUUGCGUGCAGAAAUAAACGAUUUUCAAGGGUUCUCUAUGCGAAUUCGAGACAAAACAAGAGAAGCUAAGCCCCAGUGUUAUCGAAAUCCUUAUGAUAUUAGUAGGAAUCAAAUAAUUGACCAGAUACAUAGGAUGCGUAAUAAUUUCCUGCAACCUCCAAGACUAAUCAAAUAUCAAGAUGAAGAUCAAAUGCACAGUUUACCUGUUAGUCAGAUGGGUAAUUAUCAAGAAUAUUUGAAAAGAAUGCCCAACCCAUUGAGAGAAUUAGAAUCCGCACCAGUUCGCCAACAUAUGUUCGGUAAUCCUUUCAAAAUCGAUAAAGGACGAGCUCUUGGAAUGAUUGAUGAAGCUGAUAUUGACUUAGUUGGGGGUAAUUCUCCUGUUAGAUCACCUAAAAGACCUAUCGACUCGCCUAAUAAGACUGGUAGUCCAUCUCUUCGAGUUAAAAGAAGACCUGGUCCACUAUCAAAGGAACUCGCUGUUCAAUACAUGUCCAAUCAUAAAUCAUUUCGAUCAUUAUCAACACCACCAAGUUCGCCUUUAUCAACACCACCAAAUUCACCUUUAUCGUCUGCAACUGAUACAUCAUUCUCAUCAUUACCAUCCUCACCUGCAUCUGCAAAUCAAUCACCUUCAUCUCCUUCCGCCUCAGUGAUUCCGCCAAAUUCAUCAACAACAAAUAAUAGCACAAAUAAUACCAAUGAUAGUAAUAAUAUUCACAAUGUUCAGCUUACAGAACCUCCUGAGAUUGAAGUUGUAAAUAAUGUAGAUGAUGAUGUGGAAAUUGUGAAAGUGCCUGAUCCUGAGGUGAUAAUUGUUAAUACAGUUAAUGAAGGAACCAGUGAAACAUUAAAUCGUUUGAAGAACAGCAUAGAAAACUCCAAAGACAUUUCAUCAAACAAUACGCUUCAUAACAAUAAUCAUUCUGAUAGUUUAUGUAAUGGAUUAUCAAAUUCUUCUAGCAAUUCCUAUUUAAAUAAUUACAGAUGGAAACUAUCACCAGAACAAGUUGAAUUGAAAAGAGAAGUUUGCCGUUCAGUCCGAAAACCUGGUAAAAAUUUCAAGCCAAUUUUAAGCCAAUUAUCAAGUUGCAAUGGACCAUUCAGAGAUUACCUCGCCAAAGAAAUAAUUGCCGAAGCAACGCGGUUUAAAAGAAAAACCUUGAUUGAAGUUGUGCAAAAAUUUAUCUCGGAACCCAAUGCUUCAUUAAGCUCUGCAUUUCUAGCAAAUACAGAACACCCGAUUACACAAAGCAGAUCUAAUGAUUAUGAAUAAAUUGGAUUUAUUCUGGAUAUAUCUUAUGAUCAAAGUCAAUGAUUUAAUGAGUAAUUUAAAAAGGUAAGAUGAUAAAGAAACAAUAAACGUCUGAAAGGUUAGACUUGUUAACUAUAAUGUGGAUAAAUUUUGGUCAAAUUAUCUCACUAAAAUACAGGUUGAU